AUGGCCGAGGAGGAUCCUGUUGGGGGUACAGAGUCGUGGUGUGUCUCACACAGCACAGCCGUGGCCAGCAGGGCCGUGGGAGCCAUCCUGGCCUUGCUGGCCUCGCUCAUCCUCGCUGCCAACGUGCCGGUGGCCAUCGUCCUGCUCUGCCACAUCCACAAGAGCGGCUCCAAGGGGCUCUGCUUCGUCCUCAACCUUGCCUUGGCCGAUGCCAUGGUUGGCUUCACAGUCAUGGGCGUGGCCAUAGAUGAGAUUUCCCAGCCCUUUUACCUUUCCCAGAACUUUUGCGUCCUGAGAAUGGCUUUUGUCACCUCGUCCUGCGCUGCCUCCAUCCUGUCCCUGAUCCUGGUUGCGUGUGACAGGCACCUGGCCAUCAGGAAGCCCUUCCACUAUUUGCAGCUGGUGACAGGGCUGCGGGUCGGGCUGUGCUUGCUGGGGCUCUGGCUGGUGGCUGCCAUCGUUGGCUUCCUCCCCGUCUUCAUCCCUCGCUUCCGGAGGGUCUCCGACCAUUGGAAAUGCUCCUUCUUCCACGUCUUCGACCCCUCCUACAUGCUCACCAUGUUCUGCCUCGGCUUCUUCCCCGCGCUCUUCCUCUUCCUCUACCUGUACUGCGACAUGCUGAAAAUCGCCUCGGUGCACGUGCAGCACAUCCAGAAGGUGAAGCAGGCGGGGCUGGCGGGGGCCUGUCCCCCUCCCCGUGUCACCAGUGACAUGAAGGCCAUGCGCACGGUGGCCGCGCUCAUCGGCUGCUUCACCGUGUCCUGGCUGCCCUUCUUCAUCGCCAGCGUGGUGCAGAUGGUGUGCGCCGAGUGCCUCCCCUACCGACUCAUCGAGAACUUCCUCUGGCUGCUGGGGCUGGGCAACUCCCUGCUGAACCCCCUGCUCUACUCCUACUGGCAGAGGGAUGUGCAGCUCCAGCUCUCCCAGCUGGCUGCAGCUCUCAGGAGGAGAAUCCUGCUCCGCCUGGGCCACGGCCGCUGCUCCCCUGGCAGGGACACCAAGGCUCUUGCUGCUGUGUCCUGCCUGGAGCUCCAGGACUGACUGGGUAAGGAGAGGCUGUCUCUGGCUUCCCAGCUCCCCUCCUGCAUCAUGGCCACGCACUCAAGGCCUGCCUGCUGUGGAGGAGAUCGUGGAUGGGUGGGACCAGUCUGGGUGUCAAUUCCCGGCCACCAUCACGGCCG